UUCUCUUUCCAGGAGAUGAUGAGAAAAGGACAGGCAGAAAUACAAAGACCGAAACAGGUCAAGAGCACCAUAACAUCAAAGCAAUCAUCUUCAACUCUUUCAAAUCCCUUUCACAGGUUCCUUCAAAAAUGUCUUCCUCUUGUGUGUCCUCAGGAAGAUUACCUACUAAUCUAGAUCAAAUUCGACAAAGAAUGAUUGAUCUUGAUGUGGCUGAAGUCCCUGAGACACUGCAUUACAGGAUUUUUGUUGCGACAUGGAAUGUAGGUGGCAAAAGUCCACCAAGCAAUUUGAACCUUGAUGAUUGGCUCCACAGUUCACCUGCAGCAGAUGUAUAUGUCCUGGGGUUUCAGGAAAUUGUACCUCUAAAUGCUGGAAAUGUGUUAGGAGGAGAAGAUAAUGCUCCUGCAAAGAAAUGGAUUGCUCUCAUCCGAAGAGCACUCAACGGUCUUACAGGCAAUAAUAGCAGCAGUAGCAGCUGCCCUAGACAGAUGGAUGAUGAAGAUUUUGGAGGCAAGACAUGUAGGCAAAAGAAUCUACUCCAUCGUCAUUCAUUUCAUACCUUGAGCCAUAGCCUAAGGCACGAGGGGGACGCCUUGGUUUCACUGCCAAGGCUCGACUGUCGGCAUAGUGUCUGCGACAACAGGGUGAGUGAUUGCAACGCUAAUUGUAGAUCCUCUAAUGAUGAGAAUGUGAAUGGAGAUCAUUCGCAUAAGCCAAGAACAUGCUGCUCAACAAUGUCCUAUGGCUAUGGAGCUUCUUCAUCCACAGGUGACAUAGAUAGACCAGGGCACUCAAGAUACAUCUUAGUGGCAAGCAAGCAAAUGGUGGGCAUAUUUCUCACCCUUUGGGUGAGAGGGGACAUAAGACACAUUAUCAGGAACUUGAAGGUCUCUUGUGUUGGUAGAGGAUUAAUGGGUUACCUUGGGAACAAGGGUUCUAUAUCCAUGAGCAUGUCAUUGCACCAAACAAGUUUCUGCUUCAUCUGCAGCCACCUGGCGUCUGGGGAAAAGGAGGGAGAUAAGUUGAGGCGGAACCUUGAUGUGAUGGAGACCUUGAGGAAGACCAAGUUUUCCCGAGUUCGUGGGUUUGGGGAUCAGACUACACCGGAGAGGAUUCUGGAGCAUGAUCGAAUAAUUUGGCUAGGAGACUUGAAUUACCGCAUUGCACUCUCAUAUCUUGCUGCCGAGGGUCUUGUUGAGAGGAGGAACUGGAAGGCAUUGCUGGAGAAGGAUCAGCUUCAGAUUGAGCAACAAUCUGGUUGUGUCUUCCAAGGGUGGAAUGAAGGAAGAAUCCAUUUCCCUCCCACGUACAAAUACUGCAAUAACUCAGAUCAGUACAUCGGCAACAACUCAAACCUUAAAGAGAAGCGUCGAACACCUGCAUGGUGUGACAGGAUCUUGUGGUAUGGAAGAGGCCUGAAACAACACUUGUAUAUGUGCGGCAAGUUCCAAUUCUCUGAUCAUAGAUCAGUUUUUAGCCUUUUUACAGCAGAAGUUGAGUCAAUGAGUCACAGAAGAUUACAGACCAAGAGCGGCUCUAGCUCCCAAGUGGUCACAAAGAGCUUGGCUUCCUUUAAAAAUUGUAAUCAUUCAUAAGUUUGAAUUCAUUGACAGGAGAUGACCCAAACCACAAGGAGAAGCAUCAAACACCCACAUGGUUUUACAUACAACUUCUAAAUUAGGGUCAUUUCGCCAAACAUGUGGAACUCAGUUCUUUUUUCCCAUCCAUAUGCCAUAGAAGGUAGAAAUUUCCUUUUAUAUUGCAAGCACUUUUGCAAAGUUCUGAUCAUUGUUACAAUUACAUAUAUCAUGAA